GUUUUGUUCAUUGUCUUGGCUGUUUGUGGCACAAGCAAUGAAGAAAAAAGACAGUGAUUCCCAGCCUCUUGGCUUCUGCCACAGGCUCCUCAACUUCAUCAUGAACAGCCUUCUUGUUCAAGGCCUAAAACGCAUAACAGCAGGUCCUCCGGCGUCUCACGACGGCUCAAUGGAAGUGCUUCUUGAAGGUUCAUCCAGCAAUGGAGACCAAACCCUCAAGCCCACCAAUUCCACUGGGAAAGAAACAGUGAUCCGACCGGCUCGGGCGAGGCCGGAGGACCAUUUAAGCUCUGAAAUCACUGUUGAGUUUCGGCAUACCAAUGGGUCCGAGACUUGGGCUCCAGCUGAUCACAACCUCGAUUCUUCCGGUAAGACUCCAAACAAAGAUGGCUCAACUGUGAUCAGUGAUCAGACCCCAUUGCAGAAGAGUGUGGAAGAAAGGAAGAGAGAGAAAGGAAAAGAUCCUCUAGUACUCCAAGGCAUGGAGCCUCCUGCAAAUACAAUUGGUUUUGGAGGGAGAGACCCAAAGAAGACGGUAAUUACCAUCAAAGAUGGUGAAGAUGAGAGGAAAGAGAAUAACAUAGCAACAGAAAAAGGCACAAACACGAAGCCUAGAAGGCCCAUUCAGAGUCUAAUUUCCAAUAUAAACGAGAAGUCUGACGCAUUCAUACGCCGGAAGAGGGAAGAUAUGAAGAAAAGUUACAGCUUUGAUCCCAGAGAAUCUUAACAUUGUAUGUAUUUGUAAUGUUUCUUGGUGAAAAUCCUGUGAUUCUAUGCUUAGGUUUGAAAGGGUUUGGAAUAAAAUAGGUUAUAAUAUGGUAGGUUUGUAAUGAAUUCACUCCUUGGAGCUUUUUGGAAAUGGCAAUAUUACGAAUAACACAACUUCUUAGUUUGAAUACAUUUGAUUGUAAGGUCUUCUCUG